UAGGCAAAAGAAACGAAUUACGAAUCAUUGAUUGUCAUGUGCAGUGUUGUCGGACGACAGUGUUGUCGUGCCGUCGUGUUUACAAAAUAAAGUAAGUGUGCGUGGAACACACACUUCUUAUAACUUGAACCAAGGUUCCAAGACCUGACCAAUCGUGAUGAGUGAGUAUGCGCGUCGAAUGUCUUUCCUUGCUUCUCGUAUCUUCGGAGAGGUAGUGAAAGGAACGUCCCACAGAAAUGAGAAAGUGGUGCAAUUGCUAAGAGCAAAACCCAUGGACAAGAACAACUUUAUCGUCAAUUACUACCCCCCUUACAUGAAAAUGGACCUGGCUUUCCAGAAUCUCCGUCACCAUGGAUUGUACAGAGAUGAGCAUCAGGACUUUAAAGAGGAAAUGAUACGACAGAGAAUCUUGCGUGGUAAAAUCAAGCCCAAGAAAGGAGAGGGAAAGAGAGCGAUGAAGAGGAAAUCAUGAUAAAAAUCAUUGUUUGUGCUGUUUUGUCCUUUGAGAUGCUGUAUGAAUGUCCCAUAGACUUGCAUUUUUUUUAGUUGAAUGACAUUAGAGUAAUAAAUAAAUCUUUAUUAUAUAAU